AUGUUCGCUGCUUUCGCUCUUGCUCUUCUUCCUCUUAUUUCAUCCGUACUUGCUAUUGACGGAUGUACGCGUAACGCUACUGUUGUUUCAGGUGACUCUUGCGAUUCCAUUUCUCGAAAAUACGGUGUAUCAACAUAUCAACUCGCCCUUGUGAACGACGCUACCAUUGAUGAAAAUUGUGAUAACCUUCAACCUGGCCAAGUGGUUUGUCUCGGUAUCGAAGAACAUGAUUGUACAAAAGUAUACACUGUUGUAGCAGACGACACCUGUGAUUACAUUCAGCAAACAUACGGUAUCUCAAACGAAACUCUCUGGUCAAACAAUCCCCAAAUUGACGAAUCAUGCGAUAACAUUUACGUCGGUGAAGUUCUCUGUGUAGAUACAGAAUCAUACACGUACCCUCAAUACAAUGAGACUUUGUACAACGCUCUCGCUUACACCUACCUCCCUUACUGUGACGAGUAA